CAUCGAUCCGAUCGUGAUGGCGAGUGGGAAUAAAGAAUGAUGAUUUUCUUUUCUUCAUCCGGCUGGUUUUUUAAAAAAUACUUGUAAUUUUCAAUAUUUAAAAUCGAUUUAAUUAAAACCGAGUGUGUGUCUGAGUGGGUGUGGAUACCAACAUUUGCACCAAGAUGCGUUGUUGCGUGAUUUGUUCCCAUAAAUUCACACCACACCCACAGCCCCUCCUUGAUGAGCAGCUCUGUUCUCUGUACUUUAUUAAGUUCCUCUUCCCCCAAGAACUCUUAUCUCCGGAGCAAAUAGUGUCCCUAAUUUCGAAUGGAGCCAGUAUAUCCGAUACUGUCGAGUUUUGCGCCGAGUGCCACGCUCAGAUUUUAGAGUGCAAAUCGAUAUGGGGACAACUUAAUGCUCUGCAAGAACAAUAUUCCACAUUGAAAUCGAAGAUAAAAAAACAAAUCCUCCUCAUCACUUUGAAUAGGAAGAAAAAGGCGGAGGGGGAGGUUGAUGUUUACACCGAGAUACGAAAAAGAUUGAAAGAAGUUGAAGAUGACGACGAUGCCAUCGCAGAUCUUACGUUUGCAGAUAAUUCUUCACCGCCACCUCCUCCAAUUUGUUUGUACGGAUCGGAUGUAAAUGAUAAUGAUGACGAUGACAUGGGAGGGGAACCAUUAUCGCCAGUGUCCCCAGCUCCUUCAGAUACACCGAAAGAAUCCAUUAGAAAGCACCGCAAGACUGAAAACAAAAAGACGGAUGUGCCAUCAUCCACUAGUCGAAAACCAGCACCGAAACGAAGAAAAACGAGGAAAUCCAGCCGCAAAAGAAAUCUCUCGGAAGAAUUUCAAUUGAAGCUUGAACCAAAGUGUGAACUAGUAAUAAAAGAAGAAUUUGUAUCAGAGUCAGAAGAGGCUGACGACGACAUGCCUGAACUUGAGGAGGACGACACAGAAUACAAACCUCGAAAAUCGCGAUCCAGAACCCCACGAAUAAAAAAAGCAAAAACGCCUGUCCCUCCAAUCGUCGGUGACACUCCCAUUCGCGAAGGGAAAAGAAAAUAUGUGAAGAAACAAAACGUCACGUUUAACUGUCCAAUUUGUCCUUGUCCCUCUUUUCCAACUAUUUCCCUAUUGCUCACUCAUUUACAAAAAGGUCACGCCAAGGAAGAAACUCUGCCAAAAUUCUGGUGCGAUGAAGGCCCCUGUUCUCAAGCAAGGAAAGGAUUUCUAAAAGCAGAGUGGUUACUGUGUCACCAGCAAGAAGUUCACAAUCACGAAAAAAUUCCUCCCCCCAAAACCAUGAAUGUGGAGUCAGAAAAGACUGCAUCAGACAGAACAGUUGAUGAUAAAACAACAACGGCGACUGAGCAUAUCGUUGAAGAAGUUAACAAUGGGACGAUGACGACUAUGGCGACUGAACAUGAUAAACCAGUGGCCGUCAAGUCUACAGAGCAUGAUGCACAUGAGGAUAAUGGAACAAUGCCCACUACUGAACCUGAUCAAGCUGUGGACGACAACGACGCUAGGCCAAUGACAACCGAACCUGAUGCUGUGGACAAUGGAACGAUGGCGUCGACUGAACCACCUCCGCCAGAAAUGCCUAGUCACGCUGAUCGUCUCGUCAUGGCAGCGCUAGAAGGUCGAACUUGUCCCAAAUGCUACAAAAUAUUUGUACUUCCAUCUGCCAUGCGAGAACAUUUCGACCACGUCCACAAGAUCAUGACCCUUAACCCAUUUAUGUGUCAUAUUUGUCCCAAAUCGUAUAAGCGAAAGUUAAAUUUACUCCAACAUCUUAAAGAGCACGAGGGAGGGGACACAAUCCCAGCGUUCGGGUGUGUUUCGUGUCCCCGUAGAUUUAGGAGAAAAGUCGAUCUCGAUCUACACGCCAGAAUUCACACCGGGGCUGCUGGAUUACUUUUCUGCUCCAUUUGUGGGAUGGGUUUCAGACAGCAUUUCAGUCUUAAAAGGCACAACAUUCUCCGUCACAACGCCGGAGGUGGCGAAACAUUUGAUUGUAAAUUAUGCGGUAAAAAGUUUAAGAUUGUGUCCCAUCUCAAGCAACACAUGGCGAGCCGCACCCACGGAGGAAUGGGGUCUGCAUGGAAGAGGGUGCGAGAAAAGAAACCAAAACCCAUUAGUAAUGAAGUGUUGAACUAUUCAGAGGGUUAUUGUGGGAGUGGGAGUGAAGGUGCCAAUGCGAUGCACCACGAGGUUGAAAUCUCUAGGAGUCAUAUUCUUCAAUAUGAUGUUCAAGCUGGAAUCAGUGGGGGUGGUCAAGGAUCAUCGUCUUCUAUGUCGAACGUCCAGUGGACAGGAGGGUGGUGGGUUCCUCCAUAGAUUCCAGAGCUUUCUUCCCACAAAACGUAAACUCAUGUAAUGGUUUAUGGGGACAACUUAUCUUGUGUAUGUACGUAUGUACAUACAUACAAUAGAAAAAUUAGAUGACAAUUGUAAUUCUGUUUACAUUAUUAUUUAACAUAUGAAGUUUUUAAUUGACUGUUCCCAAGCUGUCCAAUAAAUUUUUUGCUCAUUAUAGUGCACGCUUAUGUUUCGGUUAGUGAUUAAGGUCACAAGAUUGUGAAUAUCGGUAGCUCUGAAGUAUAUAUAAAUACUUUUUUUAAUUUUUAGCAUGCUUUCUUACUGUACUUUUAGUAUUAAACUGACCCAUGUUCUCAGUGGUAACAGUAUUAAUUCAUAUGUCUUAUCUAUUCAUUACAAGCUUUCUGUACUAAUGUACAUAAGUAAGUAAAUACUUUUGAAGUUUGUGAAAAUUGUCGAGUUCAAUCAUAAUUUCGUGAUCAAGUACAUAUGUGCAAUUUGUAAUAAUGUAAUUGUUUUCCAAUUCACAUUUUCGGUCUAAAUAAAACAAAUAAAGUGUAUUUGAAGUAAGUA